GCGUCAUGUUACUUCCCCAUAUCUCCGUUUUGCCGGUCAUCAUAACGAUUCAUCCAUGCGGAUCUCUUGUGGUCCUGUCUCACAAUUUCAUAGUCGUUCUGUGAAAGAGCUGUACCGCCUUGAUACAAGGGACUAUGUUUUAAGAGGCCUUGAACCAGUCGCCACUUCUACCGUUGUCACAACGAUGAGCUCUCCUACAUAUCCGAGAUAUGAAACCGAUGUUGACGUUCUCAUCAUCGGCGCUGGGCCAACAGGUCUCGGUGCUGCCAAGCGUCUUCAGCAGAUUGACGGGCCAUCGUGGAUGAUUGUUGACUGCAACAGCAAGCCAGGCGGGCUCGCUGCGACAGACACCACCCCGGAAGGCUUCCUCUUCGAUGUCGGCGGUCACGUCAUAUUCUCACAUUACCAGUAUUUCGACGAUUGUCUCUGCGAAGCUCUUCCCCGCGAUACAGACUGGUGUAACCAUCAGCGAGUGUCACACGAAGAUCAGGUGCGGUGUCUCCAAGGGAUGAUCGAUGCUUCUCUCGAUGCCGCGGCGACAACAAGUGUGCCUAAUAAUUUCGAUGAAUGGAUCUUGAAAACCCAAGGAGAAGGUGUCGCCAACCUGUUCAUGCGGCCGUAUAACUUCAAGGUCUGGGCUGUUCCAACUACUGAUAUGCAAUGCUCAUGGCUUGGUGAGCGUGUCCCGGCGCCCGACCUCAAGACAAUCGUUACAAACGUAAUUCUCCACAAGACCACCGAGGAUUGGGGUCCUAAUGCUACCUUUCGCUUCCCCUCCCUUGGCGGUACUGGGGGGAUCUGGAAGAACGUUCGCCUCGGUAAACAGGGCAAAGUGGUCAGCAUCGACGACAUACGCAAACGAGUCCUUCUCCAGGAUGGAACGACUGUGAAGUAUCGCCAACUUGUCUCUACGAUGCCCAUCGACACCCUCACGGACGUCAUAGGCGAUGCGGAGCUGAAUAGCCUAGCCGGACGACUUGUUCACUCGAGUACUUACGUCAUUGGCAUCGGCCUGCGCGGCCAUCGACCGGAGCGCAUCGGCGAUAAGUGCUGGCUGUACUUUCCCGAAGAUGAUUGCCCCUUCUAUCGUGCGACGAUCUUCUCCAACUACUCGCCCCACAACCAGCCACCCCCAGAGGUCACACUCCCCACCCUCCAGCUCGCCGAUGGCUCCAAGCCACCUUUUUCCGCUCGCCUGCCCGGCCCCUACUGGUCCGUCAUGGUCGAAGUCUCCGAGUCGCCCAACAAGCCGGUACACUACGACACGCUCCUACAGGACUCUAUUCAAGGGCUCAUCAAUACCGAGCUGCUGCGUUCCGACGACGAAAUCGUGUCGAUCUACUACCGUCGCUUCGAGCACGGCUACCCCACUCCCUCGCUCACGCGCGACGGCGUGCUGCAGGAGCUACUUCCCCGUCUCCAGGAGCGUGGCAUCUACUCGCGCGGCCGCUUCGGAUCGUGGAAAUACGAAGUCAGCAACCAAGACCACUCGUUCAUGCUCGGGGUCGAGGCGGUGGACCAUAUCGUCUAUGGCUCGGCGGAGCUCACGUUGAAUCGCCCCGACUAUGUUAACGGCAGUCGCAAUGUUAGAGAGUGGCAAUCAGUGUAG